CGUUCUGAUUCCGAAUAGCAGCAGCCGAGCAGGGCUUGCAUACUCCUCCAGUGAGAAGGGAGGGGAAGGGGAGGGCAGAAAGAGGCAGGCAGUGUGUACAGGAACAUUCAGGCUGAAGAAAGCUAAAGGCACACAAGGCAAGAAAGAAAAGAAGGGACAAACAAACAAACAAACAGAAGAGAGAAUAAGAACAAUUUGCCUCAGAGGAAGAUUAGGAAUCUCGAUCUGAAAGAGGAAUUAUGGGAAUGGGAACAAGUCCGCUGGGGUCAUCGGGUGGAGGCAACGCACCCCCUGGCAAUGAGAAGAAGAAGGGAAAAGCAGGAACAAGAGGCCCAGUGACGGAGGAAGCCCAGAUUUGUUGUGGCUGCCGCUUUCCUUUACUGGUGGCUCUGUUACAGCUCCUGCUGGGUAUCGCGAUAGCAGGCGUGGCUUUCCUCAUGGUUGCCAUUAGCUCCUCUCUGCUAGCCAGGGAGACGCCCCACUGGGCUGGAAUCAUUUUGUGCGUGGUGGCUUUGCUGGGAUUCGUCCUCUUCUGCAUUACCAGAGUGCCUGAUGAAAGAGCAACGGUACAAUUUGUCACAAAGCUCCUGUACUUCCUUUUCUGCACGAUAGGGCUUGUCAUCUCUGUACUGGUCAUUGCCUUCCAGUGCCACCACUAUGCCCUGACUAACAGCUUUGCGUGUAAGGAAAUGGGCGAGGACUGCACGUGCACCCUUGACCCUGAGGAUCCUAUAGCUCGAACCUUUACCUACAGUGGCGUAGCAGACUGCAGUGCCAUCGUAAGCACACUCCCGAUGUACAACCUACUGCAGAUCGUGUUGAACCUGGCUCAGGCCAUUGUCUGCCUGGUGGGGGCUUUCAUGAUGUGGAAACACCGGUAUCAGGUGUUUUUUGCAGGCCUGCAGACGGGAUCUCCCUCUAACCAGCAGUGGCAGAAAGUUUAGGGCUGAGAAAUCACACUCCAGAAGGAAAAAGGAAGGAGAGGAGGGUUCGUGCCUUUAGGAAAAAACUGUUUGCAACUUAAUGAUGUUUGUAUUAGGAUAUUUAAAAUAUUUGGGAAAAGGUUUAUGUGAUUUCUAGAGAUAUUAUACUUUGGAAUAUUGGCUUUUUUAAGAUUUUAUAUUCAAGGUUAAGCAUCUUUAUUUUGCCACAGACAACGAGAGUAUUUUUUAUCAGAAGGAAAGCGAGACCUGUCACGACUUAAAUAAUCGAUUCUUCUUACUCAUGUAGUGAUGCUAUGCAUAACAUUUUAUUUUUUGCAGUUUUACAUGUUUAAAUUAAUAUACAUAAUAAUACGUAAAAACAUAAGAUCAAAGAUGUGGAAGUACAGUGAGCUUCAAGCUACUUUUGAAAUGGGGUUUUAAAAUGUAAAAUUGCUUGAGAUUUUGCUUGUACAACCUGCAGAGAUGCUGAUAUUGUAUGAAGAACUUCAUCUUUGUCCUACUCCUUUCAUUCAAUUCUUCAGUUCAAGUGCUCUUAUUGGUCCAGGGCCCAAUACAAUGUUCAUAAUUCUUCUGCAAAAGUUAUACAUUUUCUUACUUAUGAUCAGUUUUAUUAUGCAAAAAAAAAAUACAUAAAGUAUAGUAUAAUCGUGCCACAUUCUGAUGACAGUUGUCUUAUAGACAUAGUGACACAAAGUAAUCUUCUAUACUCUGAUAUGUAGUGAUAACAUACAAAAAAUAAUAUAAAACCGCACUGUUACUAAAAUGUAAAUUAUUCGAUUCAGUAUCGCUUUAAGAAAGAACUGCCUAGAACCUUAGAUACAAAACAGGCUUUCAGAAAUGAAAGGUGUGUCCAGUGACACGGCUGGCCUGAAGUCACAGUUCACACAGCCAGUAAACAGCAGCCAGUGAAGGUUUGGGGGGACUAGAAGGGGUACUGAGAGAAAACAGCUAGUCACUGCCAAUGUAAUGUGAAUAAAACUCUUCCUAUUGUUUUGAUUUGAAGUCAUUUUAUUAUUUGUAAACGUGGAAACAUGAAAGUAAUGUAAAACUUGACAAUCAAUCCAAAAAUGCAUUAAACUCUGUCUAUACUUUAAAGAGACCUUUAGUUUGAAUGGAACAUGAUGCUCUGGCACGGGCAAAACACCCUUAAAUGUAAGCUUUGUAUGACUCAUCUCUCCUUUGAGCUUCUUUCUAAUAAAAGACAUUUACAUAA